CGUGCUUGGUCACGCAUGCUCAAGGUGCCACGGACCACGGAGGAAAAAAAAAGGAGUUUUUGGUUAUUUUUUAUCCCGAGUGUGUAUAGCCGCUGUAUGACUCGUUUUUGCUUUAACGACGCUGAGUCAUCAGAAGAAAAGGCAGUUUGCCAGCAGAAGAUUCAUCGCUAUAUUUCUCUUUCUCUCUCCGUUAGUUGUGCUGCUGUUGAAUUGUAGUGCCUCAAUCAGUUGUUGUUUGGUGUGUUUUGUAUUGGUCGCAUUGGAUUAAAUCGGUCAACAUCUAUUCGCGCAUUCAAUGAUCGAACCAAAUCAAAGGAUCUGCUGGGAGUGGCCAGAGGCGAUCGGAGUAUGAAAAGCCGUACCGGGUCAUCCAACGGCCCAGGUGCUGGUGCUGGUACUGCAUCUCCGGCUACUUCCGGCUCAAGUGUUGGGAUUAACGUUAACUCACCUACGAUGGAACGUAAUGGAGGAGGGAGUGGUGGUGGUGGCGGAGGUGGCGGAGGUGGCCGUUCCCGGCUUCAUCACAAGCGACGACCAGGUCAUCGGCGCAACACCCAGCACAGUGUGGCCACCGUCGAGCCCAUUUGCGACAUGCGCAAAGUCGUGAAUGGUGUCGUCACCGUCGAUCAGGAUAAAUUGAACAAACUCGUCCAGACCGACCCGAUUGACUUGCAUUACGCCGUGGAAGAAGAGCCAUUCGCCAGUGGUUUAUUCGCUACGGUUCGGAAAUGCCGCCAUCGGACUACUGGGGUAGAGUAUGCAGCUAAAUAUGCGUCAAAGAUACGUUACGGACAAGACUGUACAACUGAAAUACUUCACGAGAUUGCGCUUAUGUCACUCUGCACGACCAAUCCUCGCAUCAUCCACUUAAUCGACGUCUUUGAUACACCAACCCACAUGAUUCUCGUCAUGGAGUAUGCACCUGGUGGCGACCUUCAAACACUCAUGGACGACGAUAUGGUGCCUUAUGAACGAGACGCCGUCAAGUUUGUCCGCCAAGUUUUAGAAGGCCUUCUUUUCCUCCACGAGCGUAACAUGGCUCACUUGGAUAUCAAGCUGCAAAACGUACUACUGAUGGGUACCUUUCCAGAUUGCGAUGUCAAACUGUGUGAUCUGGAGAUAUCCAGAGUUAUCGUUGCCGGGCAAGAAGUUCGCGAAUUACUGGGCACCCCUGAUUAUGUUUCUCCGGAAAUUCUCCAUUACGAACCCAUCACGUUAUCUGCAGAUAUUUGGUCUGUUGGAGUAAUGGCCUAUGUUUUACUGACUGGCUUCACGCCCUUUGGCGGCGAUACUGACCAAGAGACUUUCCAAAAUAUCUGUCACGGACAACUGGAUUUUCCUGAUGAGCUUUUUGAGGACAUUUCUCCUCAAGCUGAAGAUUUUAUUCGAAAAACGCUAUCCAGAGAACCAAGCUGUCGACCUACGGUGAAGGAAUGCUUGAAACAUCCGUGGUUGACGCCCUGGAAACAUGUGGCAAGUCAUCAAAGGGAGACAAUUUCGUCGGAAAGUCAAAGAAAAAAUUCAGCUUUACACAAUUGCCCGACGGGAGCUGCGACGCUCGCCUGUCCGCGUUCCGCCGCCUCGAUAAACGGUCACGGUUCAUCACCGUCGAUGACUGCGCGCUCACUCCUGCGCGCCAUGUCCAAAUCACGCGAGGUGCUUUACGAAAGAGUUGCAGCCUCUAAUCUACGCAAGAGCACCUCUAAAUCACGCGAGCGUCUAUGUGAAAUGAGAUUAAGUGUGUCGCGUUCAAGAGAUCAUCUUUGUGAUGAGCUUCAAUCUAGUUCUGCCCAAUCUUUGGAGCGCAUUCACUCAUUGCGCAACCUCUCAAAGUCACACGAGGUCCUCAGUCUCUUGAACCAACAAGGUUCGACCAUUUCCCUGGCGGACACUUCAAGUCUUUUCAAUAUUCUGCCAUCAACCCAAUCGCUAGAAUGUUUCACAAGUCCGAUUCUGGAUCGCGAUAAACAUUUGGAAAUGACAUCCAACCCAAUUUCUGCCAAGGUGAUUGCGGCGGCGGGGGAAAGUAACACUUUUGUUGACGAGCUUUUAGAAUUAAAUAAAGUUUUAUCAGAGAGCACAGAAACGUUGUGCGAGGAAACGGAAACAGCCACACUGUUGGAUGUGAUGGACGAAGUGACACCUUCCAAUUCUCGGUCAGUGACUCCAACGGAAGAGCUUGAUCCUGAUACUCAAAAGGCCGAAGAUGCUGUUCCAGUAGCUCAAUCGACCAAUUGCAAAGAAAAAGAAAUGGAUGAAAAUUCGAACGCAUCACUUCAACUACAGCCGGAUGAGGUGGUGAAGUUUGAAUCUCUUGUCACUCGUGCGGACGCCGUUGCUUCUUCAUUAAAACGCCUCAGUUCAAGUGGUCCACCGUCUUCGAAAAUUUUAUCUUCCGAGUCUAUUUCGCCAGCAUUGGGAAAAUCUGUUUGGAAUUGGCCUAUUCCCAGCACUAGCUUAACCGAAGGAGGAGGAGCAACUUGUUCGACUAGUAAGUCUCAUCCCGUGAGCCCCAUCAGUGUCUCUCCGGGUCCUUCCGCAUCACAAAAGAACUCACCAUCCCCUCCGUCUUUCAAUCUAAAAGACCCACAACCUUCUACUAGUCCUUUGUCAACCGAUGAAUCAUUGGCCGUGGUACUUCGGUCUGAUGCAGCAUGUACAGAUCCCCCCCAGAAUCCUCCUUCCGCAGUAGUGAAAACCACUGAUCCAGCAGCUACAAUGACACCCGCUAGAAUGAGUGCAACGUCAAUCGACACAGCUUCGCUAUCCGACAGUCAGCGUCAAUUGCUGACGUCGUGUUUAAAUCGAAGAAGAGCUUCGUGGGCAUGCGGAUCGAGGCAAGAAGAUGUUUCGUCAAUGAUCAAUAAUACUACUUCCGUUUCUGUGAGCAAACAGCCUGAAACUAAAUUAUCAGUUAGCGAAUUAAUCACAAGUUUUAAUAAGUGUAAGAAGACCGAUAGUACAACCAGUGCAGCACCACCAGUUAUUCCAACUACCGGCCCGAUUAAACCAAGUAAUGUCAAGAAAAUGGCGGUUGGAUCCAUUUUCCACCAGGAUUCAGCUGUGUCACAUCCUGCAUCGACAUCUAGUGGAAAAGUUAUCAGUGAAAAGGAAAAGACGGUUUUCAAGCCGGUGUCCACCUCUAUUCAGGUUUUCCAGAAAAAUCUAUUGACAACACCCGCGACAACUCCAACAGGUUUACUAAUGGGAACUGUUCAACGAAAUAUUGAAGCUUCAACUAGACCCAGAUCAUCAUGGGAAGUUCGGGCUCUUCCACGAUUGCCAGAAGAUACAGUCUGCAGUCCUGCACCUCAAGAAGAAGAAGAAGAAGAAGGGCCAGCAAUCACAUCAGCCGCAUCAGAAAGUGGAGUCACUAAUAGUUCAGAAGAUAAAUUGAUCGAGGAUUCCAAGGAGAAAACUAUAACUGCACCAGAAGAAGACUAUGGACUUCGAUCUGGUUCUGUCUCUAGUGAUACUGGCUGUAGUUCGAGCAGUGACCUGAGCGAUCGGUCAAGUGACGAAGGCUUGGACGGCAAUCGAGAACCUCGACGUAAAAAGACAAGUGGGCGUGAAUGUGGGAACGGAUCAGAGCCAGAAGCGGAUUUGAUCGAAGGAGCACUUACCGGUCCACCAGCCAGCUGGACAGGACGACCGCGUUCAUUUAGCGUUCAGUCUGAGAUAUCCUUACUGGCCCAGCCGUGGAAUCGAGUUUGCGUUGGAUCUGUGGCGCGCGCUUUCGAAAAAUUUGGAACUAAAGUCGACGGAGACACUUCUAGUAGUAACACCACCCCACCAUCAACGAGUAACACACACAGGUCUCGACGUCAAUCGACACCCGGGCCAUUCAAAUGAGAAUAUACAAAACGUCAUCCUAUUCUUGUAGUUGUCGUUAUCUUUUGUACCUUUUCACAACAUAUUUAGAAUUUAAAACAUUUAAAUGAAAUCAUAAAUAAGUGUGGAUGAACUUCACUAGCUAGGCAUGUCUAACCCCACAUCCUUCCCUCACAAGCCACACAAGUCCGUAUUACUUUUGGAGAGAGCGAUGGCCCUUUUUUAAGCAAAUUUCCAUGUUUUCUGUACUCCACAUGACUGCCAAUGGCUUGUUGAACCAGCUCUAAAAAUGUUGAUGGAAAAUUGUUACGCCUUGUCGGUCUUGAUCAAUAUAUGAUUGUGAAUAGA